ACCUUCGCUUGAACAUGGCCAUAAGGGGCCAUCUAUGGACAUCAAAUUAGACUUUAAAGUUGCCUGUGCACAAGACCUGAUGGCGAGUCUUUUGCCCUCUGAUUGGCCGUGAUCGACGCCAAGACAGCUCGUUACAUUGAGCCAAGCCGAAAGGGAAUGCGUCUGUUCGCUGCGUCAAUUAAUUGGUAAUAAGCCUCAGCGCCUCCGCAAGAACCAACCGCACAAACCGGCCCAACCCCUUUUGUUCUGCAACAUUCCCUCCUCCUCCAACUUUGUUCACCUCAACCUUUCCUCCUCCGGGUCGUCUGCGGACAAUGGCUUCUUCACCCCUCUCGGCCGUUCCUAUGCCUCCAUCGGGGCACAACACCACCAAUGAUAUGUCCCAUUUUGUUCCUUCCACAGUCCAAGUACUCCUGGCCAGAGCGUUUCUGUUCUGGUUCGUUUUUGUAUGGGCUGUCUGCAUGAUAGGCCAUGUGCGAAUGUUUGUCCCCUCGAAGAAGGUUUGCCAACAGGAUGAAUCUGUUUAACAUUUCCUUAUCCCUAGGAAACGAAUGUACUCACGACCCCCACCUUCGGUACCCGCAACUCAUGGCGUCUCUGAGGAACUUCCAUUUGUUUCAAUUCUUCGUCCCAUCAAGGGUCUCGACCCGUUCCUGCAAUUAUGCCUGGAAUCUACUGCUUUGCUGCGCUAUCCCAAGUCGAAGUAUGAGUUGGUUCUCUGCGUGGCCUCUCCUCAUGACCCUGCGAUACCCAUUAUUCGCCAGGUCAUUGCUAGUCAUUCAGAGACGAAUGCAAGGAUCUUGGUAGGCGAAGAGGACGUUGGACCCAACCCAAAGAUACGGAACCUCAGCAAAGGAUAUAGGGAGGCCAAGGGGGAUAUCGUGUGGAUCUUGGAUAGCAAUAUUUGGGUUCCAUCUGGAAUCCUGGAUCGAAGUGUUCGCAUGCUUGAAGGACUCGAUCAGGAUGGCAAGGGCUACAAAUUGGUCCACCACUUGCCUCUCUGUGUCGACGUUUCCAGGAAAUACCGGCAACCGCUAUCCAUACCAUCAUCACCUAUAAUCUCCGCCGGCAACAGCUUAACGCCGCUAUUGCCGCGGCCCAUCGUGCCUUCCCCGGAAAAGUCCUUCUGGUCACGAUGGUGGGCUAUGGGUGGGGGGAGACUGGAGGAAAACUUCCUUGCCAGCUCGCACUGUAAAUUUUACACCGCAAUCAACACUCUUGGAGUAGCGCCCUGUGUCGUCGGCAAGUCCAACCUAUUCAGACGUUCACACCUCUCUCAGGUUACUAGAGACCCCCAAGGCCGGCCGGAAAAAGAAGGAAUUCUUGCAUUCGCGGAACACAUCUGCGAAGACCACCUUCUCGCGGAAAGGCUCUGGCUGAAGCUCGUAGAUGACGAGAAAAACAAAGUCCGAGUGUGGGGGAGACAUGGGACCGGCGAGGACAUUGUGCUCCAACCGGUCAGUCGUAUGCCCGUUGUUGACUACUUGGCCAGACGAACCCGCUGGCUGCGGGUCCGUAAGUACACCGUCCUCACGGCAACCGUCCUCGAACCGGGCACAGAAUCCGUGUUGUGCUCCUUCCUGGGGGCAUACGCCAUGACGACAUUGCCAUUCUUCCGUAAUUACAUUCCGCCAACCUGGCCCGCUCUAGUUGUGUGCUGGAGCGUUGCUACUAUCCUCUGGGCCGCUACAGAUUGCUCCCUAUUCAUGUUCUUGCACGCGUACAAGGUCAUUCAACCCGAUGAGCACACCCCCGAAUUCGUAACUGAAAUGCCGAAACGCACCUUCUCGGAGUGGGCAGUACAAUGGAUCGGACGAGAGGGGCUAGCCUUUGGGAUAUGGGCCUGGGCCUUAUGGCCUGGCCAGGUCAACUGGCGUGGGGGAAGAUACAAAGUCCGGUGGAAGGACUGCAAAGUCGAGGAGAUCGGACGGAGCAUCGAGAAAAAGGAUUGAUUGAAAUUAGUUUAGGUGAUUCUCUUGGUUAAUGGUAUUUGGAGUAUGGUGAUUGUUUUAUUUUUUGGUCAUGGGUUGAUUAUUAGCGGGGGUUUUUUUUCCCGCUGCGGGUGGGUUAAUAUCGUUGGUCUAUGGCGAAACUAUAGCGUAUCGCGAUGGGGUGAAGGUGGAUUUAAUGAUUGAGUUUGGAUUACUGUGAGAGGGGCUGCGAUGAUGUAUGAUAUAAUACUUAAUCCUACAAUUAACCUCU